AUGUCGUCUGAAGACCUCAUCGCUCUCUUCCGUCAGCGGGUCGCAACUGAACCUACUGCAAUCGCUGUUCAAGAUCGUUAUUUCACCCUUACAUAUUCCGAAUUGGAAAGAUGGUCUAAUAAUCUUGGCCACGAAAUCUUUUUUCGCCUGAAAAAUACCGCAGGAUCUGGCACAGUCGCCAUCUGCAUACCUCGUUCUGUCCUCUUUGUUGUUUCUGUUCUAGCUGUUAUCAAAGCUGGUUUCUCUUAUAUACCUCUUGACCCUUCCGCGCCGCCUGCUAGACUUGACGAUCAGGUCUUGCAGUCUGAUGCGCGUCUUCUUCUUACCAGGUCAGGACAUCAACUGACAUCACUUGGCCGUGCCAUUCCGUUCGACAUAGUACCUUUCAUGGAGCGCACUUGUAUCUUUGGCCAUACUGAACUUCCUUCAUCCUGCUUAAAUUCGCGAAACGACACACUUGUCAUAUUGUUUACAUCCGGCAGCACUGGACGCCCCAAGGGAGUGCUAAUUCAACAUCUUAGCAUGGUGAAUAUGGUGAAAGCCCGUCUUUUGGAAAUACAGCCAGGAGAUUGUGUAGCCAUGGUCAACAACAUCACGUUUGAUGCCUCUUCACUUGAAAUCUGGAGCGCGCUUUGUCAUGGCGGCACCCUUUUCGUUUUAACUGCACACCUUGCAGAUACUGAAGCCGUCGUCGCUUUCUUCGUAGAUAACUCGAUCACGAAAACAUUCUUACCAACCGCGGUUUUCCAUCAUGUUAUCAGUGAUGUAUCCAACGCAGCUUCUCUCAGUAAAACACUUCGCAUGUUGGUUGUUGGUGGCGAGAAACUCCAAACAGCUGCUGUCAAAAAGUUUUUCUCUCAUGCACCAACUACUAGACUGGUUAAUCUUUAUGGCCCUACCGAAACUACCAUUUAUAUCACAACUUUUGAGAUACCUAUGGACAACUUUGAUUACGACGAUUCGCUCUCUCGUCCAAUACCUAUAGGUCGUUGUCUUCCCAACACAACCGUUUACCUUUUGGAUGAUAAACUUCGUCCUGUGGAACCUGGUCAUCCAGGUGAAAUAUGUAUCGGCGGUGCUGGCCUUUCUGCGGGCUAUCUUGGUCAAGCCGAUAUCACUUCCAGCAGCAAAUUCGUCACGGUCAAUGAUCUAGAAGAAGAUGGUUCUUCGACUCGAGUCUAUCGUACUGGAGACAUCGGCAGAUUUAUUCCAUCCGUAGAUGGUCCUCUACUGGAAUUCAUUGGACGAAAUGAUAAUCAAGUUAAGAUUCGUGGACAACGGCUAGAGCCUGGAGAGAUCGAGGCUGUCUUGUGUGCUGGAUCAGAUGGGAUAGACCAAGCCGCUGUUGUCGUAACUGCAGAUGACCAAAUUAUAGCGUAUGUAGUCCAAAAUGAUGAUGUCAACAUUACAGAUCCCCCUGGACAUCAGGAGCAGGCCAGCGACAGUGUGAGACUCCGGGAGGCUUUUUAUCAUCAACAUUUCGAGAACAUAGACCCGGCAUUGGUUGGAGCCGAUUUUACUGGUUGGGUUAGUAUGUACGACGGAGUACCUAUACCUCGAUCAGAAAUGCAGGAUUGGCUUUCAGAUACUUUGCAGAGUAUUCCUGUGAAGCAGAGUGACUCGGUUCUGGAAAUUGGGUGUGGAACUGGUAUGAUGCUGUUUUCUCUGGAACCACGUUGCCAAGAGUACUACGCCAUGGAUAUGCUGGGUUCAGCACUGGAUUAUGUAAAAGCGCGUCUCGUCGAGCGAGGUCUACAAGAGAAAGUUACACUCUUCCAAGGAGUGGCCAACGAACUUGCCCAACUCCUUCCUAGCGAGAAACGAUUCGAUCUGAUCAUUCUGAACAGUGUCGUUCAAUAUUUCCCCUCUUCGGAGUAUCUCCACACCGUGCUCAAACUAUGUACCGAUAAGCUCCAGGAUGGCGGGCGCAUCUUCCUUGGAGAUAUUCGUAAUCUUGGUGUAGACAAGCAUCACGACUUGGCUCGCGUACUACAUUGUGAUCCAGAUCCUAACUUGCCCACUUCGGAGAUCCAUGACAGGCUCGAUCAGUGGCAGCGUCGCCAAAUGGAACUCAAGGUCAAUCCGUCGUUCUUCUUCAGGCUUCAAAACCAGCCUGGAAGUCGUAUCUCCCACGUCGAAAUUGUACCCAAGAUGAUGUCGGCCCGUAACGAACUCAGUCAGUUCCGUUACCAGGUAGUUCUUCACGUUGGCCCCUCACCCGAGCUGGUGAAAUCCGAUCAAUGGUUGGGAUAUACGACUGCUUCGCAGUUGCAGGAGUUAUUAACCUCUGGUCAGGAUAUCGUGGCGGUUCGAGGCAUCCCAAGCUCUCUUGUAGCCGUCGAACAAGGGGUACUCCAGCUCAUGUCGUUUUCUUCACCGCCACCCACCGCCUCUGAGCUUCUUAGCGCGGCCACUGCUUUGGAUUCGUGUGUCAAUGCGCUAUCACCACAAGAUAUCACCAAACUGUCUACAAGCCUUGGGUAUCAAGUUGACAUCAGCAUCAAGUCUCUAGGCACUGACCGGUCCAUGGCAGCUGUAUUUUCGCGUGGCUCGUCGCCUGUCAAAGGCGAUUUCAGUGCUAUUGUAAUUGAUGAACAACUUACCAAUUGUCCUGUGAAGUCUGUCGUCGAAACUCAUCAUGCUCGUGACUUGACCGUCAAGCUGCACGAUCGUUGUCGCGAGAAGCUCCCAUCAUACAUGGUACCUCAUCGUAUCAUCGUCAAAGCUAGCUUACCUCUUACUGGAAAUGGCAAAGUGGAUCGCAGGAUGCUUGCAGAAUCCAGUAUGUGGGCUGAGAGCCUACUCCUCGGGGCACAGUCCGAAUUAUGUCAUCCCGAAAACGAUAUCCAAGCACAGGUUCAAGAGUGUAUUGCUAAAGUCUUACAUGAAGAACCUCUGAAGAUCCCUCUUCAAACCGACUUUAUCUCUUUAGGCCUCCAUUCGUUCCGCGCGCCGGAGCUAAUGAACGUACUCCGCGCUCAAUUUUCGAUUCCGGACCUACCGUUCAGAGUCAUAUUCCAACACCCUACGGUUACAGCUUUGGGCCGCUUCUUGGAAGACCAGAUCCGAUCGACUUCGAUCAAGCCCGAGGCAACAGUCUUGUCGGAACGUCGUGAAGUAUCAUACGACCGUGAUGCUUUGCAGCAAGUUUUAGAGCGUCGCGGGUUGACGCCUGAUGAUGUGGAGGAUGUCUACGAGACUACUCUUUCGCAGAGAUUACUUUUGAUGGGCCACUCUCGUCGCAGUUUCAUGAUGCACCAAGUGGUGACGGCACGCACAGACAUCGAUACAUUUAUAGGCGCCCUCGAAACUGUAAUUUCGCGGCAUACCGCUCUACGCUCCACUAUCUUCGAUGAACUUCAGCGCCAGGUCGUCUUCCGCUACCACCGGAAACUUCGGGAUGAAAUGGUUCAUAUCUACCCUGCUGAGGACGCUCAAUCUCUAGAAAGCAUUAUUAGAGACGACACGCGCUAUGCAUUAACAGUUCCUGGCAAUCUGAUCAAGUUCGAACUAUUCCGCACCGAACCACCCACCUUACUCAUCAUUGCCCACCACGCUAUUAUGGAUGCUUGGAGCAGAGAAUGUCUUCUGGCAGAGAUUGACAGUGUCAUUUCAAGACAGCAGCUCCCUGAGCCCAUCCCAUUCCGAAACUACGUGGACUACAUAAUUGCGGAAGGAAAUCAUGAAUCUGAUAUUGCUUGGCACGUCAAUCGAAUCCGUACUGCAGACAUUGUCGGUUUUCCCCAGUGUGAAAAGUCGAUAUUUACGAGUAGCUCUUGCCUUGGCCCCGACUUUUUGCGAGUCGAGCAGCUUUCUGGAAUGGCGAAAGUCACUCAAACAUACGGUAUCAAAUCAUCGACACUUUCAAAAGUUGCCUUUGCGUUGAUAAAGCGACACGAAUCGAAACGUGAUGUAGUGCUCGUUCCACAGGCAGAGGCGUGUCGAAGUCUACCGGUCAAGGGGAUCACAGAGAUCUGUGCUCCAACAUACAACAUCGCCAUCGAUCGCGUCGAUUUCCUCUCGACCGAUACAGUACUCGAGCUAUUGCGCCGUACCCAAGACAACCAAGACAAGAUGACUGAUAUUUCUGCUGUCAACUACGAAGCGGUAUUAUCUGCCAUUGAGCAAGACAUGACCCCAUUUUCUACGUCCAGCUACAACUUCUCUUCGAUCAAAGGAAAUCCACCCUAUAGGGCUAUACAACCUGGACCGGCGGGAGCAGAGAAUGAUAUCGGUAUAGAAUGGACGACUGUUGUCGAGGGAGAAGUAGUCAAGGUUAGAGUAGACUGUGACCCCAUUUUCUCUGAUCGUGUUCCAGCCUAUGUCGACCAGUUCUUCGUGGCUUUUCGUUGGCUGGUAACUAAUAUUCAGGCCAGAAGUUUGGAAGGGUUGGAAUCAUAG